UUUCACUCUGUGCUCUAUUGGCGCGCGUGUUCGCGGGUCUGCUUUUCUGUGGACUAACUAUCCCGGCAUGCAUUGCGCCACGCCGUUGCCAGGAAUCGAGAUGCUAAUGGCCGCUGAGAUUGGAGGUGUUGAGUAGCCAAAGGUAAUGGCAGAGAUUGUGUCCGCGCACUGUGCUCUCAUAGCCCUGAUGUUACCUGCUGAGGGGAGGAAACCGAGCAUUAUGGGAAGUGUAGUCCGGGCCAGCUGCAGUUCUAUGUAACUGUCCAUUCCAAUGCAGGUUGUGGUAUUGGACACAUAGUGUUUACUUAACAUUCUGUACCUUGUUCUAUAAAGAAUGUUCCAUGUCCUUAGAAUCUAAUACAGUAUGUAUAUUGAUUCUAUCUGAAGCCAGGGUGGGGGCAUGAUACAGACAUACCUGCUCCUCUUCUGAAACCCCUGCAAUAUAUCUGAGUUUAGCAUUUUAAUGCCAAAUUGUAAGACAUAUAAAAAUCCAACCAGUGGUAACUUACUGGUUAAUUAUUUACAUAGCAUGAAUCACCCCCUAUAUUGUGCAUCAUGUUACUGACUGCUGGCAUGGCUGGCAUUGGCAUAUGUAUAAGUAGUUGGCAUGGAGCUCUGUGUGACUGCACAUGGAUACUAACUUCUCUCACCCUAUUUGCAGGCCAUCAUUUGAGACCAAUUAGACGUUUUUGUCAUUGUGCAAGUUAAUCCAUUACCUUGAAUAGAGCUGCUAUUGUCCAAGUUAAAGCCUAAUUACAUGCGCCACUGUACACUGAUAGGCAUUACACUUUGCAUUGAAACAAUUAUUAACAGAGGAGCAGCUAGCCAAAAAUCUGGACUGUACUGCAAGUUCACAGUUUUAUCUGUGCUUACUCGAAGUCCCAGGAAAAAACACAAGUAACUUACAUUGCAAGUUAAAAUAUAUAUGUAAAAAGGCAUUUCCUAGUCUCCUUCAAAACCAAAAUUCAAAACCAAAUUUGAAACUGUAUACCCAAAUAGCUGCAUAGAAAUUAUUUAUCAAAUGAAUCUAUUCAACUUUAAAGUGGCACGGUCAUCCCUGCCCCCAACCACCCCUUGCAAAAUGAGUGUUUCAUACAGAUAAAAUCUUUAUGAAAUACCUUUAUUAACUGUGUUGGAAUUUCACUAAAAUUCCAGCCUAAUCAAAAUAUAUACAAGCAUACCCCGCUUUAUACACUCGCGAGUACAGACAUUCCUGCGCCUCUUCUGUUUGCGAGUGAACAGGAAAUGGAAGGUUCUAUUCUCGCCCGGAGCAGCUCAGUUCAGUGUCUUUGGGGCAAUAACUUUUCACACCUUCUGAUAUGGCACAGGUUAAUCAUCUCAAAUUUAUAAUGUCUACUCCUAGCUGCACAUAUAUUUUUUUUCUGCCCAUACAUUGUCCAUAUUCUGCAAUCGGCUGCCAUCCAGCGAAAGGGUUUACCCUGCCAUUUUCUAUAACUAUGACUUAGCAGCUUAGCUGCAUUAGCCACAAUUCUGAAGAUUCAAAGUUAAACCAUAAAUGCUUAAAGUGAUGAAGAGGGGUUUCUAAACAAAGUCUGUGAAUAAGCUGCUAACAAAUACAAAUUGGCACUGUAUUGACAGAAAAUUGCCCAGUGGGCAGGUUUAUUUUACUUUUACUCCCAGUUUAAGGUUGUCAGAUGAGUAAAACAUUAAAGAUAAAUGGUACAAUCUGGAAUGAGAUUUUUUUUUUUUUUCACUGGAGACCACUAAAGCACACCAUAGUGGUUAAGGUGGUUGAAGUGUUCCUUUAAUUUGUAUUCGUGGUUGUUCAUUUGUAUGUAAGGCCACAUAAUGUUCCUUCUUAUGUAUUCCUUUGUUCACACUUCUACCAGUACAUCCUGCUGACUUUAAAAAGUUGCAAUUUGAGGGGUUCAUUCACAAAACUACAAAUUAUAGGAAACCGUAUUCUAAAUUAUAAAACUGUGGCAAAAAUAGCAGAUUUGGAAACAUUCUCUAAUUCCAGUAUAGUCUCCUAAUAUGCAUUUUUUACUCAUUUUAUUUUUUAAUCUUCUUUUUUCUUGCCAGCUUUUGGAAUGCGGAUUAUGUUUUCCAGAAAAAAACAAACUGCUUGACCACUAGGAUUGUUUUAUGCUCUUGCAAUGUUUGUGCUGGUCAUUUUCUCACUUCUCACCAAUAGAGCGUGUUGCUGAGCAGAAUGGAAUAUCUCCGAACUGAAAAAGAUCAUGGUCAGAAUGGAGAAAGCUGCCAUAUGUUUCCUGUGGCUCUAACCAUCUAUUGACAAGUGUGCAUCGCAAAAUCUAACCAUGGACAGUAAGGUAUGCUGCAUCCACAGCCAAUGAGGGAGAAAUUAGCCUUGAUCAUUACUGCUUGCUUCUUUUGUUUUAUAGUAACAUAGAAUCUGCUGUUGUGGUCAGAUCUAGCAUCUGUUACCAGUGUGUCUAAGAGGUAUGGUAUGAACAGAAUCCUUCACUGGAUAGCAUUCCUACCAUAGUGAUGUUCCCUAUUAAAACAGAACUGUUGCUAAUAAAUGCAAUAGUCUAUAUUUAAGCAACACUCUAAGGUUAAAAAUAAAUAUAUGGAUUUUUAGCUUAGGGCAUUCCUUUAUUGCUUUAGAUUAUGGGCUCACUCUUAUAAAAUUAUGCUAAUAAACUGUAAUCCAGCAGCAGGACGGUCUCUUCCUCUUAGAUCCUCUUAUAUCAGCAUCAUUGAUUAUUAUUUAAUUAUUCUACUUUAUAAAGUGCCUUCACAUUCCCCAGCUUUGUCCUUGGGUACUAUGGUAAAAGUAAAAAGACACAGUAACAUAUAACUUGGAGACAAUACAUUUGACAAAGGAAUACAGGACUAAACAGGGGCCCUAUUCAUCUGGGGCUUUCAAUCUUUUUCAAGAUCUUGAUGAUCAAAGACCAAUACAAUGCUUCUCUUAGAGACGCUUUGAGGACCUACAGUGCUCAUUGCUCUUCACCAGUCCAGUGCUACUCGUAGAGAAACAUUAGAUGCAUUUAGUGGUGUUGCUAUGCGGUGUCUUGCAAUUGGUUAUGGUUUUAAAAGGACACUCUAGGCACUAUACAUUUCUCUUACUAUCUCAUUGAAGGAGUUAUUGUGCCUGGUGUUCUCUAGCACCAUCCCUCCAUUCAAUGUUAAACUAUUUUUUGGUUCAACACUGAAUAAGUUUUCCUUGCUGCGCACUCCCUGGGCCCAUGUUCUGCAUAAGCAGCCUUGCCAUACCUCCAGUGGGGACCGGGCUACAAGAGAUUCAUGGGCCCUUAGUCAACCUUAAACUGUUCAGAUCUAGUGUACACUCAAUGGAGAGACCUUGCCAGUGACUUCAGCCACUACAAUCACUUCAAUGAGAUUAAAUGGUUCUAGUGCUGAUAGUGUCCCUUUAAUCCCUUGAGGACCAAACUUAUGGAAUAAAAGGGAAUCGUGACAUGUCACACAUGUCAUGUGUCCUUAAGGGGUUAAGGAGGAAGUGCCUCUAGUGACUAUCAGUCUGAUAGCCGUCAGAGGAGUGUUCUCUAACAAACGUAAACAUUGCAUUUCAUGUUGCCAGAGAAACAGAACAGCAAGUGGACAGUAAAGUCAUUAAAGCGGCUCUGUCACCUCCUGGAGUUUUUGCAUAAUGGUAAAAUUUUAGCUUGGUUUCAGUGCUGUUGCUUUGGGGUUCAGUGGAAGGUGAGUUUUACUUACGUGAGCCUGUCCCUCACAGCUCUGCCAUAGUCUUCCUGCUGGUCAUCUUCAGCUCCUGGAGCUUCAUCUACAAGGAGCCCACUCGUGCACACGCCUGAGAGUUUAGAACUGAGAUCUAUGGAGGAUCCACCGGAGCCUCCAUAGAUAUUGUUUUGGGAUGAGUGACAGAAUGGCCUAUACCCCUAGUCGUUGCUGCUGAUGGUUGGGGUAACUGGCAAAAGUUGACAAAUGUAUGGAUGCUUCUGGUCAUGUGGAGGAAAGUCCCUACUUUGCUUUGUGUUUUAAGAGAAAUGUAUUGAAAGAAAAGAACAGAUUAAGAGUAAGGAAUAAAAGAGGAACAUAUAGAAGUAAGGUAAGUAUAUGGUACAGAACUGUUUUAAGAAUAUUUCAAUUAAAUGUGUGACAGAUAAAACUGUAUGCAGCCAGUCUGUCAUAUGUAAAAGAUGAAAUGAACUUGAUGUUUUUUUGUAACCUAAAGCAGCACUGUCACUUGUGAUGGUUUUCAUUAAAAUAGAAUCUUUAUGAUAAACUCUGCUUGGGGAUAAAAACAUGGGAACAUAGGGUUAUUGCACAAAAUAAAUAAAAAUAAGUUAAAGUUAAGUUAAAGAUUUUAUGUACUAGAUGCUAGAGCUGCUCCCUUCUCCAACACUAUAGAAAUCAAUACUUAAAAUCUGCCAAAAUUUUUUUCAAAUAUGACCACUUCAGAGGGUGGACAUGCAUGUCCCUAGUGGUAUUAAUACUGUGGCAUUGAUCCUGGAGGGAAGAGCAGUAACUUCAACUAAGCAUAACUUUUAAAACUGUAAAUUUGCUGGCCUUUUUACCUAUUAUAGAUUUCAUUUUUUUAAUGUUUAUUACCAAACACUGACCUUUUAUUCAUACUGUUCAUAGUUGAUGAAAUGCCCAUUUUAAUCCAUCUCUGCUGAAAACAUGCCUCUCCCACAUUGCAGCACAUUUAGUAUGGCAACAUGCUUUUUAACGUGAAAUCCUCUUUUCAGGUAGCAAAUGGCACUGUGCUGAACACUGAUGUGUCCGAAGUAAAUACUGAUUUCCUUCCAGCUCUGAAAUCACUUCCAGUAAGUACUGGUUGGUAAUUGUAACUGUGUAUGAGCUGAGCAAAGUUACUUUUGAUGUGUUCACUUCUUUGUUCUUAAAGGACCACUAUAGUGCCAGGAAAACAUACUCGUUUUCCUGGCACUAUAGUGCCCUGAGGGUGCCCCCGCCCGGCUCUGGAAAGGGGAAAAGGGGUUAAACUUACCUUUUUCCAGCGCUGGGCGGGGAGCUCUCCUCCUCCGAUCCUCCUCCGCUCCUCCUCCUGGCUGAAUGCGCACGCGGCAAGAGCCGCGCGAUUCAGCGGUCAUAGGAAAGCAUUCAUAAUGCUUUCCUAUGGACGCUUGCGUGCUCUCACCGUGAAAAUCACAGUGAGAAGCACGCAAGCGCCUCUAGUGGCUGUCAAUGAGACAGCCACUAGAGGAUUAGGGGGAAGGCUUAACCCAUUCAUAAACAUAGCAGUUUCUCUGAAACUGCUAUGUUUAUGAAAAAAUGGGUUAACCCAAGCUGGACCAGGCACCCAGACCACUUCAUUAAGCUGAAGUGGUCUGGGUGCCUAGAGUGGUCCUUUAACUACCUUCUGACACCCACUGCUAAUCAUCAGCUAUUAUAGUGCUCAUUAUCUCAAUGCAUUACAUGUUAUUUUUACUAUGUUUCUUCAUGAACACUAUUCCCAUGGCCUGGUCAUUUGGCCAAUAACUACAUUGUGCAUUGGGUAUCCAUUAAAGGGACACUAUAGGCACCCAGACCACUUUAGCUCAUUGAAGUGGUCUGGGUGCAGUGCCCCUGCCAGUUUAACCCAACAAUUGUAAUUAUUGCAGUUAUUCAUAAAGUGCAAUAAUUAACUUGCAGGGUUAACUCCACCUCUACCGGCUGUCUACUAGGCAGCCACUAGAGGGACUUCCAGGUUGUUAGGCGACUUUUGGUAGCUUUACUGACACUGGACAACCUCACGCUCUGCAUGAGGUCAUCCAGGGUCAGCUAAAACCCCCUUAGUAGUAGUGAUUUAAUGCUUUCUUAUGGAGUAGUCCUAAUGCAAUUGAGGUGCAUUAGGCCCCCCCUUUCGGCUGACGUCGGUGGAGCGUGACCCAGCACUUAAGGACAUGGGAACUGGAAUCAGAUAAGUGACAGUGACAAAAGUUUUUUUUUUUUUUUUUUUACUCUUUCAAUGCAGCAGGUGGGGGUGUGAGGGAAGGGGCACUAUUAAGUAUUAUAGUGCCAGAAAUACAACUUUGUAUUUCUAGAACUAUAGUUGUGCCAUUACCCCAAAUUCAUGUUGCUUCCUCCCUACCAGCUUUUGAACACCAUACUCUAUUUUUGCUUAUUACUUAUAAAGGGUACUUUCUGGUCGCUUUAGUGACAUAAGAAGCUGACCAUCACCCAUCUAUUAUGUUUCUUAUAACACAUUUAGUGCUUCUUUUCUGUUUGCUGCUACAAACAUUGCCUUAUUGUUGCUUUCUGCCUCUGUAAGUGGUGCCUACACACUAUUCACAAAAUUCCAGGAAUGUUUCCCAUAAUUGCAGUUCAGAUAUUUUCAGGGCUUUUCUUGCUGUCACUCAGACACUAGAGGAACUUACUGGGUUUGAACUUGCUCCCCAUAGAGAUACAUUGAAUCAAAGCAGCUCUAAGACAGGAUGCUGGUUGGUGGUGCAUUAGACUCCCAGUGUUUACCUAAGGGAUAGCAUUGGGUUAGCUGAGCUCAUCAAGAUUGCGGAUCUUAGGCAAAGCUGCAGCAAGGAGACCAGUGCAACAGAGGAUUUAAAGUAAGUAAAUAGCCUUUUUUAAUGCAAGUGGGGGCAAUAAUCUAAAUAGUGACUAAAGCAAUGUAACGUUAGGAAUAUAAACAUGUACUACUAACACUAUAGUGUUUCUUUAAAACUUAAAUGAAAUAAAACAAGCAUGAUAUCUUAAAUGUUAUUUCUGUAUCUUUCAGAUUUCAUCUGUGAAGCAAAACAGUGUCUUACAGUCCCUGGUGAGCAGGGGAGAGGAGGCUGAACGAGAAUAUGGUAUGUCCACUCUCAUUAGUGAGCACUGUGAUUAUUAAAAAAAUCUUUCUUGCGUUAACAUCAAAUCCAGACACGUGUUGCAAUUUGCACAGAAAUCCCAGAUAGGUGCAAAACCUUUUUUAAAAAUAUAUAUAUAUAUAUAUAUAUACUUUUUUUAUUUGUAUUUUUGCAGUGCAUAAGGGUACAGACAUGCUUGAGGUGCCCCAGCAGCAGUCCGCAAGCUAAUCAUCUAUUAUUACAGUUGGACACAUUAGAUAACUUGCUAAAUUUUAUAUUAUCUCUUUCAUCGUCUACGUCUGAGCUUUGUCGGAAUAUCCUUAGGAGCUUUGCUAAGAUAUGUGCGUAAUAUCGCUCUUAAUAACCUCAGAUAAGAUAGUAGAUUAUAUAGCACGGUACCAUUGCCCUGAGCAGUAGCUAUGUAUCAAUUAAUAAAGAGAAGGAACUAGGAGUAAACAGAGAAAAUCAUAUGAAAGACAUGGAAGGCAUAAGGUAACUUGUAAAGUAUCACUAGCUAAUGGUUGGCGGUUUAUAACUCCGCUGCUUUGCUCUCAUGGCAGAAGGCUUAUGUAGCAGUCCCCCUUCUCACUUAACCUACUCCUGUUCUUAGUGUGCUGGCCAUGCCAUCCUUCGAAUUCUCCUUGCCUGCACGGGGAUCUCUCCAGCCUCAGGUCUGUUCGAGGGCCGUCAUCUGUGUACCACAGACCUGGUUUCUGUAAUAAGCCAAGACUAUUCCCAGCAGGGAGCAGACAGAGGAUUCAGAUGUCUUCCGACGUGUGUCACGGGCAAUCUUCCGACCUUGUGAUUGAUGCAGGGUAAAUAUGCCCCUUGUGGCUCUCAGCCUGGGAAGGCAGGUCUCGUGGGUGUCCUCGCUGGGAUUCCGCCUUGAGUAGGUCCCCUCACUGGCAGUCGCUUGGGUCUCCCUUGCUUUUGUUAGCCUCAGUGGCUUGGACGUGGUGCUUCAGUCUGCUCCAGAAAUGCUUAAAUAUGGCAUCCAGCCUCCUUAGGGAAUCUGCCACGUGGUCGCGGGUGGCUGCCUGCAUUGCACUCUGUGUUCAGUUGCAGGAGCGCAGCAGCUGCAAUCUUGCAGGGUCGGGGUUCCUGCACAGCGAUCUCAUCAGAGUGGCAAGUGCCCGUGUUAGUCGUUCUCGUGAGUUCUGAGGGGACCAGGAUGACCCCUGGUCUCAUGUAGCUUACCGGGGGUUAAGAAUGCCGCGGAGUCAAGCCCUAGGUUUAAGCGCGGGUGGAUCGGCCUCGUCCCAGGUAGGCCGCAGCAGGGCUCUCCGUGUGAGUGAGUGCUGGAAUAAGUUAGCAAUUAGCUAGCCCGGGGUCCCCUGACACCCUCAGUAUGUGAAUGAUGGAUGUGGGAGCCUCAAAAUCAGGUGAAAUACCCCAAAUACAGGCAUUUAAUGCAGGAGCUCUGGCUUCCCACGUCUAGUCGGCUUGGAGGUCAGGCUCUGCCACCCCGCAAAAACUUGUGUAUGCCAAGAUCUCUUUAGGGUUCUUAUAAUUAGCCAGUAUGCAAGGUGAAAAAUCUAAUUGCCAUUUUGGUUUAAAGAAGAAAUAUUUUUCACGUCUUUGAAGCAGUAAUGGGAGUUUCUUAAAUUGAGGUUUUUGGGAUCCUUCUUUUGGAUCAAUAGCUGUAGCAAAUGACUUGGUUGUUUUCUUUUUUUUAUCUUCACAACCUCUAACUAUGUAACCUUUAAAUGAAUGCACUAAGCCACAGGCAUUUUGAUUCAGUUGUGUUUUUUUUUUUUUUUUUUCUUAGUGAAAUUUUGUUUUAGUUUUUUUUUUUUAAUUACCUGUGCUCUGCCUGGAAUCCAUGGCCCACUCCCUCUUUAGCCUCACUGAUAAUAGGUAAACUAUACUUCUACAUUAUCAUGCAAAAUUCCAUCCAGUCAUUAAUUGACCAUCAAAUGGCAGCAAUUAGUGUGUCCAAAGGCGGCAAGGCCUGAAGUUUCAGAAAUUAUAUACAGUUUUGACUUUUUUUUUUUUUUUUUUGUAAAUAUCAUUUUUAUUUCGGUUUGUAUUGUUAAACAGUAAUUCACUUUGAGAUUCGCAGAUCUCCACAAGCCUGUUAGGUAUAAUAUCCAAAGCACAACACGUGCAAAUAGAAUUUAAAACAUGCAUUAGUUCGGGCGCGCAGGCCCACAGUAGUGGCAGACUCUCAAGUCACGGUCAGUAUAUAAUUAUCUUCCCUGGACUGGUGUUUCAUUUGUUUGAUUACAUUGUUACCUGUGUGUUUUGCUUAUGCUUAACAUUACAUUGUUGCAUUCAGGUCGCUAUGUUCGUUGUAGCAUGGUUAAGCCUUUGUUGUCUAGAUUGUGGGGCCCUCGGGUCAUUCUAGUACGUGUCAUUGGUGGUCGUUAUUGAACAUAGUCUGCUGAUGUUAUUACGUCUUACAGGUUUCAUUUACCUGGCAAGUGUCCGGGGCUCAUGGUUGUACUAACUUAGUCAGUCCACUUUUGUCUUGUUUGCGGGCCUGCACCUCUCUGAUGGGCGCGUAUCUAAUGCCUCGGGAAUGGGGGGGUUAGGUAUAGGUGUGGAAGGAGGGAUUGGGUUAGUCUUCUGUCUUUGUCAGUCAGUUGUGUGUCCUCAGGUGGUCGGCCUUGUAUUAGUGUCUGGAAGUCAGGUUUUGUAGUCGUCAGUAUCCAGUGUGUCCAUAUGUCAAGGUAUGUCUGUUGUUGCGGUCCAGCCGCAUGCAUGGUGAGUUCUUCUAUGGCUCUUAGGUCCUCCAUUUGGGUGAACCACGUGUGUAUGGAUGGGGUCUCUUUUUUUUCUUCCAGAACUGUGGGAUAGUCUGUUUUGCUAUGUUAAGAAUCCGGAUCGUGAGUGAUUUUUUUUGUAUUUGGAUGUUGGGGUUUUUGUAUGAUGAAGUAGCAUGGCUGCCGGUUCUAGUGGCGGUGGGUUGUCUGAGAAUCGGGAUAGUAUUUUGUGGAUAGUGUGCCAGAAGGUUUGUAAUAGCUCGCAUUCCCACCUUAUGUGUAUGUGUGUUCCUGGUGCCUUGUCACAUCUCCAGCAUAGGCGGGACUCAUUUGCGUGUAUGUGGUGUAUCGUGGCAGGUGUACGAUACCACUGUGUAAGCAAUUUGUAGGCUGUCUCUUGGCUUUUGCUAAAAACGAAACAAUGGUGUACGAAAGUGCAUAUUUUUUCCCAUUCCUGGGUGCUGAAUGUUUAGUUCAAGGUUUCCUCCCAUUUUCCCAUGAAUUUUGGCACUUCCCACGGGGUCUGUGAGUGUAGGAGGGAGUAUAGGUGUGACACUCUGUGUGGUAGCGGAUCUGGGUCUGUGCACAGCCUUUCGAAGGCAGUGAGGUCUCUGCCAAGAGCCUCCCUUUGCGGGAGAAGUCUCAUGUAGCUGCGAAGUUGUUCGUAUCUAAAUUGUGUUAGGAAAGGCCGGGGGGCCUCUCCACACAUCUGUUAAGCCCUUCAGUCCUCGUCUGGUGCACACGUCUCAAUCGUGGCAGUGGGUCUUCCACCAAGGUUCGGAGGGCCCGCGGGUCCAUGCCCGGCGGAAAGUCUGUGUUGUAGGUGAGGGGCAACAGUGGGGAUGGAUACGUGGAAAGGGCGUGUCGUCCUAUGCUUCUGCGCCACACCGUCAAUGUCGCUUUGGUGUAAGCAGAGUAAUGUCUUUUCCCCCCCCGUCCCCACUUGCGGGGAGCCACAGGAGAAGGGCGGCAGGGAUACCCGCCUCCCUCGCCUCUGCCUUUUUCCAGAGCUUGGUGACCCCCGUUUUGGACCACUCGACAAUGAGUUGUAGGUGACAUGCUUUGUAGUAUAGUGUAAAGUCUGGUAGGGCUAGGCCCCCUUUGUCCUUGGGUUUUGUGAGCAGUGAGAAUUUCAGUCUGGGUCUCCUCCCAUCCCACACGUAAGCCCCCAGUGCCCUUCUAAGUGUCGUGAAAAAGGAAGUUGGGAUAACUAUGGGUAGGGCCUGGAAAAGGUAGAGUAGUCUUGGUAAAAAAUUCAUCUUCACCACUUGCACUCUACCCAGCCAGGAUAUGUGAGGGAAGGCCCAGUCUCCCAUUUCUUUCCGAAACUGGAGAAGUAUCGGGCGAAGUUGGUCGUGUAUAAGUUCGCUGCUUUUGCUGUUAGCCAGGUGCCUAGGUAGCGUAUUUUAUCUGUAGCCCAUUGGAAUGCAUGACUCCGGUGAAGCUGGGCGGCCCUCUGCGUAGGUAGACUUAUAUUUAAAAUAUAGGAUUUUGAGAAGUUGAUUUUCAGACCCGAUAGUGUUCCGAACUUCUGGAAUGCCUGUACUAGGUUAGGUAAGGAGACCUCCUGGUGAGUUAUAAAAAAACAGGUUGUCCGUAUAUGCGGCUAUUUUGUGUUGUGUGUCUCCUGUGUUGACUCCCUGAAUGUCCGGGUGGCAUCUGAUGGUAUUCAGGAAGGGCUCCAGGGCUUGGACAAACAGUAAUGGGGAUAGGGGGCAGCCCUGGUGUGUGCCAUUAUAGAUUGGGAAGGCCUCCGUAAGUGCCCCAUUGACCAAAAUGUGUGCCGUCGGCUGGGAAUAAAGGGCUCUAAUCCAUCCCUGGAGGUGUGGACCCAUGCCCAUGUGAGCCAGCGUCCGGACCAUGUAUUCCCAGCAGACCCUGUCAAAGGCCUUCUCCGCGUCUGUGGACAGCAGGAGAAGGCCCGUGUCAUCCCCUGUCUUCCUGUGCAUGAGUGUGAGGGCUCGGAUGGUAUUAUCUCUGGCCUCCCGGCCCAUCACAAAUCCCACCUGGUCCGCAUGGACCAGCCUGGGUACGUGCGUCUGGAGUCUGGUCACCAGGACCUUUGCCAGCAGUUUAAGGUCGUUAUUGAUGAGGGAUAUAGGUCGAUAGCUCCCGCAGUGCUCUCGAUCUUUGCCUUCUUUAGGAAUUAUGGUGAUAUGUGCCGUCAGUGUCUGUCUGGGGAUGUUGUGUCCCUCUCUGAUUGCAUUAAACAUUGCUAGUAGUGGGGGGUAUAGAGUGUCUGCAUAUCUCUUAUAGCAUUUAAUGGGCAGACCGUCUGGGCCUGGGCUCCUCCCUGGUUUGGUGUUUUUAAUUGCGAGUGCCAACUCCUCCGAGGUGACGGGUUCCUCUAACUGGUCUGCUACUUCCGUUGUUAGGGAGGGGAGUGUAUGGGUCCUAAGAUAUUCGUCUAUAGAGUUACGGAGCUUUUGGGCGUGUGUAUCCGUUUGUGGCCUUGGUAAAGAAUACAGCUCUGUGCAGUAUGCCCGGAUAAUCUCCUGUAUCUUAGUGGGUGUCUGUGCAGGACCCCUCCUUUGUCCCGUAUGCGGUCAAUGUACGUGUCUUGUCGUUUUUUUGUUGAGCAUGCGCACCAGGAGUUUCCCACUCUUAUUGCCAUGUACGGCAAAAAAUGCCUUAUGGCGCAGUACUUCCCUAUGGUGUAGAGAGUGUAGAAGUGUAGUCAGUUCCCUCCGUAAACAGUGUGUGGGGAGAUGGAGUUGUUUGUUGAGGGCGUCCAGUUGUUGUAUGUCUGUCAGUAAUGUAGUCAUACGCGCUUCCCUCUGUUUCUUCAGGUGUGUGCUCUUUUGGAUAAAAUGUCCCCUAAUUACGCUUUUGUGUGCUUCCCGCCGUAUGGUGGGGGAGGUCUGGUCACUAUUGUUUGUAAAGUAUUCUUUUAGUGUUGUUUCUAUCUCUGUUGCCACCUCUGGCCUUGCAAGUAGUGCUUCAUUUAAUCUCCAUUUGGAGACCUUUGGUUUGAAUUGGGGGGAUUUCAGUGUGAUGAUCACCGGUGCAUGGUCUGACCAUGUCGCGGUGCCCUGUUCGGCUCGAAGCACUAGCGGUAAGUGGUAUUGUGACGUAAAGAGGUAGUCAAUUCGGGUGUAAGAGUUAUGUGGAUGGGAGUAAAAGGUAUAAUCCUUCUCGUCGGGGUGCAGUGCCCUCCAGCAGUCCACCAUUGUUGCCCUUGCCAGUAAGGUCCUGAUUGCCGUGAUGUGUUGUGCAGGGAUGUGUGUGUGUCCUAGAGAGGAGUCCCAUUUAGGGUCCAGAGCUACGUUCAGAUCUCCCCCCAAUACCAAAACGCCCUCUGUGAAUCUCUUAAGGGUGCGAAGUAUCCGGGCUAUAAAUUGAUAUUGCCUGCGGUUUGGGACACACAUAUUAGCAAAAGUGUAUUGUGUGCCCGCUAUCUCUCCCUUUAAGAAGGUGUAGCGUCCUUCCGGAUCAGUCAUCACUCCUGUCUCUUUAAACGGGAUGCGUUUGUGAAGGCGGAUCGCUGUGCCUCUGGACUUCCCUCCCUGAAAAUCGCUGUAGUAGCCUACGGGAUAGUGUUGGUUUGUCAGUGUGGGUCUGGACCCUUCUCUGAAGUAUCUCUCCUGUAGAAACACUAUGGAUGCCUUAUGGGUUAGGAAUUCCCUCAUGGCUCCCGAUCGUUUUUCGGGCUUGUUUAGACCCCUGGUGUUGAGAGAGAGAGAAUUGUGAUAGGGGCCAGGGCAAUUAACGUGGGUGGCAUCGUUCCGUCGGUUGUGUGUGAAUGCUGUUGUGUGUCCGUCAAGGUAGUCUAGGGUUGGGUUGGGGGGGGGGGGUUUAGGGAAGCGUGGGGUAACCGGGGGAGGGAAGGUUAAGGGCUGUAUUUCACAGUCCCUGUAUCGGUAAAGAAUCGCUACGUGUAGCGAUAUCGGAGAUGAGCGACAGAGGGCAGUAAGUCCCCCGCCCACCUGUGGGCGAGGGGGGUACCGCUCGCCUGAGUCUUGUCGCUCAAUCCAGUAGGGCUGUCGAAGGAGUCCAAGAAUUCCCAAGUGGGCAGAACCCAGGGAACUAAGUGUGCUCACAAAUCGGUCGUUGCAGACCACUAUGAUCUCUCGGGGCUCCACCCAGUCAGGACCUUCCGUCUCCCAGCUUACGGCUCGAUCUGUCCAGAUUGUAGCAAGUGUUUCAACCUCACCAAAUAACAACAUUAUUAACUUGAACAUAUUUGAUAGCCAUAACAUAAACAUUGUACAACUUUACCCUCAUGUAUCCGUUCUGUGUAGGUCGGUUACUGACCUGUCCCGCCUCCCCCCCCCUUCCUAUACUCCCCCACCCCCCUUCCUCCCCCAACUCUGGAGGGCGAUUCCUGGUCUGAGCCUGCCCCAGGGCUGUGCCGGUGGGUCCAUUAAUUGGAAUAGCCAUGGUUCCCAUCCCCCCCCCCCCAACGGGAUGUAUGGAGUGGGUCCCUCCCAGAGGAGUCUGUAACCCCCUUAGAGCUUGCGUCCCCUCACCCCAAGUCUGUACCCCACCCUCCCGGACCCCACAUUCCGUCAAUACUUGCUGUGUGAAGAGGCAGGCUGAAGUCCAGACUGAGGCGGUGUGCCAGGGGUUCUUAGUAGUUCAUAAAGUUCCAGGGCUUAAUUGCCCACAUUGUUCGGGGGCGGUGAGGAGGAGAGGGGAAAAAAAAAAAGUUUUGCAAGUCACCUUAUGUCUACAUAAUCAGAAUUCCUGUCUUGUAGCAGGAGUCGGCUUUUCGGUCUUCUAUGUUUGAAGUGGUUGACGUGGGGGGGGGGGUCCGCGGUCCUCAGUUAGGUGUCCCUGCCAGCCUAAUCGUUUGUGUGCGAGGGAGUCUCAUCCUUUGGGGUCGGGGGCCUGUGCCUUGAGGCCUGGGACCAGUGAUAUAGAAGUUUAGCGGGUUUGACCAUGUUAUACCCUCAGGUAUCAGGUUUAGCUCCCUUUGGACCGCCAUGACGUCUUCUUCCCCUGUAACCAUAAAGGGGCCGCUGGGUGUUGCAACUUGUAGGCCCGUGGGGAAGCACCAGCGGUACCUGAUGUUGGCUGCUUGUAGUUGUCUCGUAAGGGGUCUCAUCGCUCUCCUGUAUGUCAGGGUUGCCGGGGAGAGAUCCGGGAAUAGCUGGACUUCUGCGCCUUCCAUUAGGAUUUUGUCUGUGCCCCUGGCCUUGCGGAGGAUCUCCUCCUUCAGGGGGAAGCUCUCCAAGCAACAGACUAUAUCCCGAGCGGGGCCCUCCGGGGGUCCCUGAGGCCUCAGUGCUCGGUGCGCGCGCACAAAGCCUAUGGGUGUCUGGAUUGGCCGGACCAGUAGUUUGUUGAAUAGUUCUAAUAGUGUGUUCGGAAUUGGUGUUUUUUUGUCCAGCUCUUCAGGCACUCCCCUUAUGCGGAUAUUCUGUCUCCUGCCCCUGUUAUCUAGAUCCUCCAUAUGUAAUGCCAUUUGCUGUAAUACCUUGGUGUGGUGUUGUAGUCUGUCUGUGUUCGCCGUCUGGGCGGCAGACAUGUGAUCACAGUCUGCUUCAAGUUGCACCACUUUCUGGCUGAGGCCUUGUAUAUCCUCUCGCAGUGCGUGGAGUUCUGUCGUUAUGGAGGUACGUAAUUCUGUGUUCGCCAUCCUCAGAUCUGCUUUCGUGGGUAGUUGUUUCAGGAUUGAGACCAGUUCUGGCGUGGAUGUAGGGGGGAUUGUAUGUGGCUGGUCCCCUUGCGGUGAUCGCGGGCGAGAUAUGCCCGAGGUCGCGGAGUCACUUGAGGCCUGUUGGUCUAGGUCCGCCUGUGUCACCAGGUAGUUUUUCAUGGAGGGGUUCGGGGUGCCUUUUGGGGUGUCCGCGGGUCGUUGGGCACACGAUGUGCGGUGGGUCUUCCCCAUUUUGGGCGUUAGGCUGUGCAGUCGGUGAGGUUUUGUGGUGAGCCUGCGGAGAGCUCGUGGAUUAGGCUGCCAUCUUCUCGGACAUCCAAGCCACGCCCCCAGUUUUGACUUUUUUCACUGUUAUUUAUAGCACCAGGCUAUCAGGUAUUUGACAUUUAUUUUGUAAUCUGUGAAGCGUUCUUUCAAGUACUGUAUAUGAGCUGUAGCAGCUAAAACUAAAUGAAAUCCUAGUCAUAUAAUGUACUUAAAAAUUGGGAGAAAGGCAUUAAUCCAUCUUGGGGAGAUUCAGCUUUAGCUUUACUAAUUAUGCUCAAAUUAUUAUCUAGGAUGAAGCAAACCAUUUUUCUCCCAUUUGACUUAUUUAUUCUUAUUAACUCUCUGUUAACUUCCUUCAGCAAUCACUUAAAAAUUCCCCCUGCUACCUCUCGUCUCAGAGCCCCAUUAUAUUCUUUAUACUAUAAGCACACGGGCUAUCUAACUAAGCACUUUGUAUAAAAGAGCUUCAAUGGUUAGAUCUCCACUUAUGGGCAGGGCCCUCGCUACCUUUUUGUAUUUCUGUGUAUGGUGUACGUUCUCCCCUAAUUGUACAGCGCUGCGGAAUCUGUUGGUGUUUUAUAAAUGUCAGUAAUAAAUAAACAUCGUUAUUCACUAAAGUUAAUAGCCCUUUAAAUAAGUUAUACACUUAGGGUAUCACAAUAGGCUUUUGUAUGUGCAGUGCAGGCUAUUGUAAUAUCACUGUUUGUCUAUGGAGUUUGUAUUGCUGCCUGCUGGACUUUAUACACCUGUUGGCAAUGAAUCUACACUUGUAUUCACAGUAGCUCUGUAUUUGCAGAUAGCGAAGAAUUGCUGAAAGCUGAACAGGAGUGGGAGGAGCUUGAAAACAUACAAACAGGUUAGAUGUCGCAUAUUUUAACCCCAAUGCAGUCAAGAAUGUAUCUCAAUUAGUGACUGAUUAAGAACAGGUCAGAUCUUGGGCAACACCGUCACAAAGGCACCCAAUGUGUUAAUGAAAAAGAAUAAGCUAGCCCUCAAUUGUUUUAUUCCUGUUAAUAUGUGUGGGGUUUCUCCCGGACGUCUGCUUUUUGCCUGUGUAUUGAUUAGGCCACCCCCGCAAAAUCCUAUUUAAAAAAAAAAAUAAAAAAAAAUUAUCCUAUAAAAAUAUAUAUAUAUAUCUCUUCAAAAAACCUUUAGUUGAACUUCCAUCUCAUUAAUUCAUGACAAAUCUCACUAGGAAAAUUAAAAUUGACUCUCUUUCUGAUCACUUUAUCACACACACGUGCGCAGACAUAUAUAGAUAAACGUACAUUCUCCCACAAACACAGAACUGCAUCCUCAGUCCUCUGAACACCGAAUCCGCAAAUCAGCACAAUUUGAGUCUUUGCUCAGUGAAUGCGUAAAACUGUUCAACUUUACAUUAUCUAAAAGCAUUUUAUAUUAUGUUCACAUUUUAGUAUUUGUUAUUAAAACACGUUUUAUGGUUUGUUUUAGGACUCUUUUGUGAAAAACCAGGUAGGAACUCAACCGGUAAAACCGGUAACCUUACAUUGACCUUGGAGUGCAGUUUGAUUAUAUAGUAACGUGUAUGUUUUGGGUUAUAUGUGUGGAAAGAGAAGAAAUCUGAUCUGAAUAUUAAAAAAAGCUUUUAAUGCUGUAUUUCAUUAGAUUAGAACAGUAACCGGUGCAGUGUUGUAACUGUGGCUAAUGGUAGAGUGGUGGAACAUAUAUGGAGGUGUAGAAACAGCAGUGUAUGCGCUUGGUUUAGUAAUACUAGACACUUGGCAGAGUAUAUGAGGAGGGCAUUACUUUUGGUUUGUUGUGUGUAAGUUUCUGAUAGAAGGUUGGAGAGGCUGGAGGAAGGCACAGUGCAAUGAUUUCAUGAGUUUGGUUACCUGCUUCAUCUUGACUUCUGAAAUUUGUUUUCCUGUAGAUUUUCCUAUGGUAAAUCUUUUGAACUGACCACCAUUUACCACUGUUUAGGGCUACUGAGUGAUCUCCCUGGACAAACACCAUUAAUCUCCUUUAACGAGGCGUUGCAAUACUUCCAGACAGCAGAUUUAUCGGAAUUUAGGGUAUGUAUUUAGGUACAAGCACUGUUAACACACCCAAUUCAAUGUUGAUACCUUGGAUUGCUUUAUGAGAUUCUAAUUUUUCUCGGCACUGAUUUAUGAUGUCACAUUUAGGGCUGUGGAAAAAUGUAUAUACAUAGUUGCAGGAACUUCUAACCCAUUUUGCCCAACUGUUACCUCUUUAAGUCUAUGGUUCUUUUAAAUUACUAGAUGUGGACAAACAUUAAGGUGAUAUUAUUGCAUAAUAUCAUUAGUAAAUAGACAAAGGUCAUUUAAAAUUCACCCUGGUAGCUUCUACAAGUAGAAUGAUAGUUUGUUUAAAUGGACUAAAAUGAUGUACAAUACCUUCUUUCAUCUUCACGGUACUAAAAUGGAUUGUUUCAUUAUAAGCAAAUAUUCCUUUGAUUUAAUGUAAGAGGAAAAAACACUUCUUGCUGACAAAUACCAGCUUCCACUGCUGAAAUGUAUUAUUUAAAAAUGGAGUUCCCACGGCCCUGCAGGAUAAAAUGAGGUUAUAUCUUGGACACAAAUGAAUGGUGCAUUGGGAUACGAUGUGAUUGCAUGGUCAACAGUGAAAUAACCCCCCCCACCCCUGAUUCUCGUGCUGUCUCUGCAAUUAUGAGUAGUGCUUCAUUAUUCUUCAGCCUAACAACUCAAUAGGAAGGGUAUUGAGGGAGACAGCAAAUAGACAUGGUGGGAAAGUAGCAGAACUGGAGGUGAGAGUGGAGUGUGGCCCUUUAGGAGAGAGCAAGAGGAAGGUUUGAGAGAUAGAAGUUACUCUUGGAGGCCAUAAGCAAUCCUGAAAAGAUGGGUUUUGAGGGACUUCUUAAAGUAUUAAAGACUAGGGGAGCGUCUGACAGGGGUAGGCAGGCUGUUCCAAAGGAAAGGAGCAGCCCGAGAGUAGUCUUGCAGGCGUGAAUUUUCAGUAAGGGUGCGAGCAGCAGACAGGAAAAGGUCACCAGUAGAGCGGAGAGACCGAGAGGGGCAUACCUAUGAAUCAGUGAAGAAAUGUAAGAGGGACUAGAGUUGGUUAAGGUUUUAUAGGUAAGGGUUUGUAUUUUAAAUUGAGACCUGUAGGGUACAGGAAGCCAGUGUAAGGAUUGACAGAGGGGUGAGGUGUGAGAGGAGCGACGGGUAUAAAAGAUCAGCCUGGCAGCAGCAUUCACUUCAUUCGACGGGACAUAUUUUUGUAAUAGUGACGAUAAGUAGGUGGGAGCAGCAUUGUGUAGAGAUUUGUAAUCAAGUAUCAGCCUAUUAAACUGAGUCCUAUAUCUUACGGGAAGCCAAUGGAGGGACUGACAAAGGGGGAAGGCAUGGGAGGUGCGGGCAGACAGGAAGAUGAGCCUCGCCGCCACAUUCAUUACAGACUGUAACGGGGCAAGUUGGGAACACAUAAGACCUCCUGUGAAGCGGAUUACAGUAGUCAAGGUGAGAGAGGACAGCAGCAUGGACAAGCACCUUUGCCGUAUCAGGUGUUAAAUAGGGUCGGAUGCGCUCAAUGUUUUUGAGAUUGAAGUGGCAGAAUAUAGCGAUUGAUUGUACAUGAGGGGUGAAGGAGAGGUCAGAGUCAAGGAGAACACAUAGGCAGCGAGCCUUAGAGGUAGAGCGUAUGGUAGCGCCAUUGACUUGGAGGGCAAGGAAGUAGCAGCACUGGAGGGGGGGGAAGUCCAGAAGUUCUGUUUUGGAGAGGUUCAGUUUAAGGAAAUGAGCAGCCAUCCAAUUGGAAAUAGCAGAGAGGCAGUCAGAGACACGAGUCAAGAGGGGUGGUGAGAAAUCAGGGGAGGACAGAUACAUUUGCGUGUCAUCCGCAUUGAAAUGAUACUGGGGGCCGAAGGAGCUGAUGAGUUUACCAAGGGAGACCGUGUAGAUUGAGAACAACGCAAUACACUGAGUGAGCGCUGGGAGAGGUAGGAAGAGCACCAAGAGAGAGUAUCUUGUAGACCGAGAUUACAGAGGAUGAGAAGAAGCUGUUGAUCAACAGUGUUAAAAGCAGCAGGAAGGUCGAGGAGAAUUGAGUAGGGGCCAUGGGAUUUAGCAGUGAUAAGAUCAUUGUAUACUUUGGUCACAGCUGUUUCAACAGAGUGACGAGCGUGGAAUCCAGAUUGAAGCGGGUCAAGCAGAGAGUUGGAUUCGAGGAAGUCUGUCAAUCUUGCAGACACAACUCGCUCAAGGAUCUUGGAGACAAACAGCAGUAGCGAAAUAGGGCGGUAGUUGGACGGGGAAUUAGGGUCAAGGUUGGGCUUUUCCAGAAUCGGGGUUACGGUUGCAUGUUUGAAGGGUAGAUGAAAUGUGCCAGAGGAGAGGGAGAGAUUGAAAAUUUUAGUGAGACACAGAGCAAGAGAAGGAGACAAAGUGCGGAUGAGAUACGAAGGAAUAGGAUCAGCCGACUCUCUCAGCUAAUUAAACUACAUGGCCAGCAUCCAGUUUCUGCAGAAUCCAGAUGUCAUAAACCCUGCUUCAGUGCAGACCUGGUGCACAGUAACACCCAGGUAAAAGGGCAAACCAUUGAUAAAGUAUUUGCCACAUUACCAGAAAAUGGAGCCGGGCUAUCCUCCUAUUAUAACCACUGUAGCAGGCUAUUGUGGUUAUAAUGCUUGGAAUAACCCUUUAAAAUAGUUGUUUUUUCAUACAUUUGGCCUUGUAACCUUGUAAUGAAGUUGAGUAAGAUUUAAAAAAAAAAAAUUUAUUCAACUGUUUAGAAACUAUGCUCUACUGUGCUAUUUUUAUAUUGUGAGUAAUCUUGGGAAGUUCUGUCCAUUCUCACCUUUUUAGGCAAAAGGUUUAUAUUUCAUGAGUCCCUUUCAUGCAUACAUGAGUUCUGUUUCUGCAAUGUGUCCAAAGUUCUCUGUAUUGAUUCCUUGUGAACUGAUAUAUGCAGCAAGUUUGUUGGGUGUGUUUAUCCCCAGAAUAUUGAAAACUUAUUAUUUUGCUAAGGAUUGUGAAACGGUUUGACAGAAAACGUUGUACUGUACAUGCUGAAAUUCAUGUUCUUCGCACACUGCCUUUAAGAACGUGCUGACACAUUGACUUCAUUGACUAUCUUCAGAUAGAGUAAUUUCUUGUUUUUAAUAGGUGUGAAAAAGCACAACUACAAAUAGGUUGUUCAGAUCUAUGGCAUAUGAAGUGAAAAAGUGAGAUAAGCAUAUCUUGCUAUGGGGGGGGAGGGGGUUGAGUGAAGAAAUAGUUUCACAUAAACAUAUUUUUAAAAUGUAUUUUUACCUGUUGGUGUCAGACUUCAUUUCCAGGUGUCCUUACCUUGGCCCCAUGUACAUACAGCAUUCUUUGAUGCAAUGACAUGCUAUCAUUGGUAACUACCUAUAGGCACCAUGAAUGUCUGAGACAACUGUACAUCCUAUAUGUAAAACUCUGAAAUCUGAAAAAUCAGGUGUUGGAGAUACCCUGCAGAAAGGAGCAUAUGAUGUUGUUAUUAUUUCUCUGACACUUAAGCUUUCCCUUACUUUUUUCAACCCAUGUCCUCAGACAAGGAUUCAACCCACAGUUCGGCGUUCUGGAUUCUCUGCAAUUUCACACUUUCUUUUUGGACCCCCAAGGCUUAACCGAGAACUUCAUGCGGAGCGUGAUUUGGUGCUGGCAAUAGCACAGUGUGAGUAAUAUGCAGCGAUUACAGGACUAAUAAAAUAUGAAGGGCUUUUGGGUAUUGGUGGUAGAGAUGCGUAUUGUACAGUACUCCUGGUGUCUCUACUCAGGUCCCCUGGACUGUGGUCAGCAAGUUCACAUCAGAGUCCUACAGACCAUUUACAAAAGGCUGACAGGAGCCCGGUUUGACUGCCCUGUGUAUGGAUCACAUUGGGAGCAACUGGGAUUCCAAGGUGAGUUGUAAUAGAGGAAAGGUUCUUUAGACAAUGCAUUGACCAUUUGGUGUUCCUUAAAAUGCAGUACCUCUUCUCUCUUUUUACAUAUUCUCUAUUCCUGUAUGAUACAUAUUUGACGGCUAAUCUUUCCAGCUGUUCUCCUUGAUUACACAGCUGUAAAUACUUGUUCUGUUUUGCUUGUGUUAGGCUGUUUUUCAUUAUGCCAUUUUACAUUCUCCAUUUCUGCAGGUCUAGAUCCUGGAACAGAUUUAAGAGCAGCUGGACUCCUGGGUCUAAUGCACCCACUGUACAUGGUAAUGGAACCCAGAACCUUACCCCUCGCACAUGAUAUUUACCGUUUGUCACAGCAUCACACACAGGUUCGUUUUCACAUACCACGUCAAUAGAUAUGCAUGCUUGUAUGUAUAUACCAGUGGCUUGGCUUAUUUUAUAUAUGUGUGUCCUAUUCCUCCUGUCUGGCAAUUUAAACUGUUAACUGGUACUAAAAGUCUAAUGAUCCAUGUUGAAAUCUAGCACUUUAGUAAUCAUCACUAUGUAUUCCUCAUGCUGUUAAGAUUAUCCAUGCCCUGGCAAUCCUGAUAAUCUGACAGUCCAAUGCCUCCUUACAAGGAAGGAUUGGGAGCCUAGUACCCAUGCAUAGCAAAUCAUCACACGGCACCAAUCCUUAUAGAGAUGCAGUGAUUCAUUGUAUAUCUGUGGGAAGUGUUUAGCAUGUCCAUGCAGAGCUUGGAAAUGACAAACUUGGGACCUGCUGUCUUGCAGGAUCGAACCCAGAAAGUGCCUUUAGUGGCAGUCCAAGUGACAGCUAUUAGAGGGUGUCCUUGGAAGCAGAGUCAGCAUUGCAGCAUGUAGCCUGCUGAGGCUUUGUUGACAUUCUAUUUGCCCCAGUUCCACUACAUUAAGCACUAGUCCCUUUAAACUUGGAAGAAAACAGAAAAAAAUACAAUGAAUGUCUCACUAGAUCUCACUGCACCUCACAAGCCAAGUUAUCUCUGCUAAUGGGUUAAGACAUGCAAGAAGAAGAAAAUGCAUAUAAUGUAUAAAUUACAGUUUCCUCUCAAUUUCCAAGGAAAAUCCUCCUCUGUCUCCCUGUUAAAAUCACAGCUGAUCAGUAUUUUAAUCUUUUUUUUUUUUAAUCUUAUGCAAUCUGUACUAUUCUGUAGUUUGUUUAUAAUUUCAAAAAUAUACCCCUCUGAUAUCACAAUCUUUAAAACAGAAAUACAUAUUCACAAGAGAUACCCUGUGUCAUUUAUUUGUUUUUGUAAAAGAAAACAAUAUCAUAAAACAAGAAGUAAAAUUAUUUUGAGUGCACCCCUCGCCUCGUAAGAGGUGCAUAUUUCAGGAUGAUCUUUAUGCACCAACUGUAGAGUGAUUAGCAAACCUACUUUUGAAGACUGACAACCACAAUUUUGUGAAUCAGUUCCAACAAUUCCUGGGUUUGGACUGUGCCAUUUGCAUGUUUCUAACUCAAGUUUUACUGAAUAAAAUGUCACACACUCUCUCAAACAAUCCACUUGUGAAAUUAUUAUUUUGAGUCCUUUUCUUUGCAUUGAUCUUUGCACCUACGUGUGUAUGUGCAGUUUUAUUACUCCACUUGCCAUCAUUUUAUCCACAGAACUUUCCUUUCUGUAUAAUGUCAAUCAAUAUCACCAGAAUCUGCAUCCAGGCUUUGAGAGAAGAGCGGGUAUCUCGGUAAGUGGCAGUCUGUGUGAGGCUUUAGUCUGUACUUUAUUCCUCAUUUAUUUAUUUACAUAUUUAUCUUUUGUUGUUGUUGUAUGUGCAUUAGUACUAACUCCAUCUUCCUAUUACUCUGUGGUAGGGAAUGUAAUCGCAGACAACAAGUCUUUGCUGUGCUUAAUGAUUUUUAUGUGGCCGUUUUUUACCACCUCUACCACAUGUGGAAAACACAGAACAAAACUAUCAGUGACUCCGGUUUUGUCCUCAAAGGUAAAUGUAGAGUUAUAUUCCUGUCUGUAUUGCCUGGCUGCAAGCCUGACCUUUAAUAAAUGGGGAAAAAUAUAACUGGGUGUAAGAAUAAGAUAAGGAAUUUCCUGGGGGUAGGCACUGGAUGUUUUUAUAUCCAUUUAUAAUAUAAGGGCAUCAACUGGGUUAAUAAUACAUUCAUUUCAGGAUCCUUCUAAAGAAAUAUUACCAUAUUUAAUCACUUUUUUAUUUUACUUUUUUAAAUAAAAAUAUUGUGCCAGUGCUCAGACCGUAUACCUGCACAUACAUGUGUGUGCACAAUAUGUAAAACAUGAUAUACCCAUUAGGCAGAUUAUGUUUUCAAAUAUUAUACUGCAGGAUACUGAUGUCAUUUGUGAAAUCUAUUCCCAGUAAUGAACUGAAUAUAAUACAGCGCUCACCUGUGCUGAUCAGUGGAGUCUAUUUUUGGGUAGAAACCAGACAUAAGUAUUUCAGUCUGCCUGACAUUAGAUGGAGUUGCACUCUUGACAUUUUUAUUCAACUUAAGCCAAUAUUGACUUAAUGGUGUCAGCAGAAAUAGCUGUCGCCGGGAACUGCAACUCCCACUAAUCUGAGGCAGCAACAGGACACGUAUCCCAGUGCUAACGAUCAGUAAACAUUGCCUCUUAUUCUACACUUCACUACUUUAGCACACUAACUCUAUUAAAUCAUAUAUAGCUUCCAGUGGAAAGUUUUGUUGUUUUUCUUUUUUUUUUUUUCUUUCUAAGAGAUCGAUGGAAAUAAUUUGAACUCUGCCUUUCAAUCCUUUGCCAAACCUCGGUAAUAUGAGACGCAGGUUCUAAAGAUAAAUUAUGACUGUUUAAUUUUGGUUGAUUAUUUUACGAAAAACGUGACAAUACAAUGAAUAUAUUUAAUCUUUCAGAUAUUUAUACAUGUCAUCAGACCUCUUAGUUUCAGAUUCCGCUAGUGGUAGUGAAGAGACACGUUUAUUUAUGUAUUUGCUACUGCUUUUUAAAAUUUGUUCUCACAUUAUAUAAUUUACUUUUCUAUGUAACAUUUCAUUACUUAUGCCUGCAGAAGUUGAAUCUUUGGCCAAGAGAAAGCCGAAAGAACUACUGCGCCAGCUGGAAUUCCACCUGAAAGAACGUCCUCUGCCAAAAGAUCUACCUCCUGAGAUUUGGUCCCAGUACUCCACAGCACCAGGCAGCCCCAAUCAUGGAGGUAGCUACAGGCACAGUGAAGAGGGAAUUUGCUUCACUGGAGUCUGUGAGCAACAAGUACAAGAAGAUCGGCUCAUAUAGGAUCACAUUUGUAAAUGAAUGGAAAGUGCACACAGAGAGUACAGAUGGUAUAAUUCUAACCACAGAGUACCCAUUGCUGGAAUUGCUCUGUCUCCAUCACAAUGUCUCCAAGCUAGACUGUAGCGUGUAGACUGUAGAGCAGGUUGAUCCUAAGAGACACAUCCUAAUCUGCUGGUCAAGCAUGAGACAUGAUGAACAGGUAGGAAACAUGAGUAAGAGGUGCAAGGUCUUUAUAAACAACAAAAACAACAAGCUUUGAUCUGGAAUCAAAUACCAGAUAGGUAGAGACUAGUACACGUAGCAAGGGUGCAAUCUGCAUGUUUUCAAAUCUGGAAGCAGGUAUCAUGUGAUCCAAACAAAUAUGAAGUGUAGUAAACUUGCUUUAAUGCAGUGUGUAGUCUGCACAGUAAGCCUGGUGUUCCCCGGGUAAUCCAAAAGAAAACCCUUAGAUAUGCAGAAAAGGUUGUCCUAUAUGUGGAGCCUUCUAGUGAAAUAGUCAAGUUAUGAGGUGGGAAUUUAUGAAGACAAAAAAUAACAAACACUUGUUAAUGUUUCAGUUACUCACGGUCCAGUUUGUAAAGAAGCUGGUCACAGCCUCAGAACAUGGAUUAUUCAAAGAUUCAGCUAUUUUGCUUUAUCCAGUGCUUCUGAUGCAGAAUUCUCUUACGAAUUGAGCCUUCUGGUCUUUGAGUAAUUAUGGGUUGAUCUAAUUGCUUCUCCUACUUUUUAAUGUUCAUAGAUUAUUCAAAGUAACAAGUUUGAAGGCUAUACAGCUGGAAGUCUGGCUUCCAUUUUUCACAAUCUCACAAGUUAAAACACUGGUCUGUUGGUUAAAACAUCCUUGUUGAUUUAGUGGAAUGUAACUAGUACAAUGUUUUUGUUUUGGGAUAUAUAUAUUUUUUUUAUAUUUAGAGGCACUUUUAAGAUAGGCAUAUACACAACUUUCUACUAAAAGGAAAGCGAAAACCCCGGUUCCAGAGGUACACUCAAUAGGAAAAUUUCCUUUAUGAUAAAUAUACAUUUUAUUGUUAAGUGAAAAAGUGUGCAAAACUCACUUUAUCUGUUUAUUGUGCCAACAGAAUUUUAAAGUCGCAUAUAGAUCACAAAUAAAACGAAGCAUUUGUGCAAUGUUCACACCAUGUGACAUAACGCUGUGGCCUCAUGCAGAUUUCCUGCUAAAUCUAUUCCACAUGGAGCUUCACCAGCUAUUAAAACUCUUUUUGUCAUGUUCUGCAAUAGGGAGAGCUAUUUAGAACAUAUAUACCCCAACACCAAUCACCUGACAGAUACCAGCUAAACUGUCGCAAUAAAAUGUUCCUUCCCUAACCCUUCUCUCUGAGGGAUUACAUAUAAUGUAGCUCAAAUGCCCUCCAUAUGAUAAUGAGAAAGGUGGUCCGUCCUUAACCCUUUAGAUGUGCUAUAAUGACUGCUCACCCAUUAAAGGGGUAAAGCAUCAUGUUUGAUAGGCUAUUGCAUUGUUGAUAAACCCAGAUGGAAUUAAAGUUUGAUAGAUUGUUUUGAUGUUUAUGAUGUAUAUUGCAUGUAUGAGGCUAUUUCCCCAGCCUGCAGCCAUCACUAUAUGGUUAUUGCAGGGAGUGUAAGCCAUCAAUGCAAUGCCCAUUUUUUAGGUUUGUAGUCAGUUUGAAUGUCAACAAAUCUUCUCUGAAUGUAUAUUUCAAAAACCCCAUUAAGUGCCCUCUUUGCACUCCACUAAUUGUAGUGGUAACAUUUUAUAUUGCACUGUUUUCAAUGCCUACAUACAAUUGUUUCAGUACAGAGUAACAACUAUGUUGACCCAUUCUCUCACAUCUUGUGACUGCAAGAGUUCUUGCUUCCCCCUUUGUUGAUCUUUUUAACCUAUGUUCCCUGUCCCUUCUCCUCCUUUUGUUAUAGCGGUUUGUUUAGUUUAUUUAAAUUUUUUUUAACCUAUUUUACAUUCCCCUUGUCUCCUUGUACGAUUAUUUCCUUUCUGCCAUCCUGUGUGAGAGUGUAUAUCCACUUCCUACACUACAAAUUCAUGAUGCAUUGCCAAAUAAGGGUAUUUCACCUCCUGCGUUAGCUCUAUUACAAUCUCUCUGAACACUCAACUAAUCCAAGUUACUUUUAGUGACAAGAAUUCUCCCCACUUGCCUACCACACAUCUCAAUUUUAACAUUUUCUAAUUCUGCUCCCAGUCACUUACCAGUAGGUCUCUGCACUUCAACUCAUGCCCCUUUAUCUAUCUAACCUAUCUAUUCAAUUUAUUCCAGCCAUCUUAAAUCAGGUGUCUAUAGAAAAAAAAAGAAAAAAACAGAGCCUAAAUGGAGGUAUGAGACAGAGUAGUAGUAAAAAAAAAUUGUGGGUUAACCCCUAAAUGGCUAGUGUAAAUGGGGGAAAAAAGGAAAAAAACUACCAAUAGGUGUCUCAACAUAGAAUCAUAAUCAAUAUUGUCACAGUAGAAUUGAACUUAAAACGUAACUUUUAAGUAUACUAAACUAGACACAUAGAAUAAUAAUAGUAAAAACAGAAAGCACAAGGCUAAAUUAUGUCCUGUUGUCUAGCUAGAG